AUGGACUACGAGACGACCCAGCAGGAAGAGUUGGAAGCACUGGAAGCAAUCUAUCCGGAUGAGCUGGAAAUUACAUGCAACGAGUAUCCCAAUAUUUCACUGAAAAUUUCCUUGCAUUCUCAUCCUGAUAAAGAUGCAGAAAAUACACCACAUACAUUCCAAGUGACAUUGGUACUUCAGUUGCCGGCCAGUUAUCCGGAUAUUAUUCCAGUGAUUGAAAUACAGGGCUUGGAAGAUUGUUUUAGCUCUGAACGAAUCGAAAGGGUUCAACGAACAUUGUGUGGUAUUGCACAGGACAGUCUUAGUAUGCCGAUGGUUUUCACGAUUGUAUCCAGUCUACAGGAGGAAAUUGGUCAUCUGGUGGAGGAUUUUGAAGCUAGGAAAAUAAAAGCAGAAGAGGAAGCAAAAGAGCAGAAAGAAGCUUUAGAAAGGAAAAAAUUCGAAGCAGGCUUUUCGUUCUACCUUGAUCAACAACUGCUGACAUCAGCAUAA